CUGACGUGCACCGAUCUAUUCUGCCCAUCUUGCCCGAGAUACCGUCCAGCACUUUUUCUCUCAUGCCCGCAAAUCGCCAUCUCGAUUCUCAACAAAUUUUCUCAGAAACUUCAACUGCAGCGAAUCGGCAAUUGUCCGAGAUGCACGAACUGAUACAUUGUAAUAAAAUACAGCAUAUUUAUUCCUCAAAUUUUAAGAAAGAUAAUUUGAAAAAAAGUAAAUUAUAACCUGGGAGAAUUUAUGCUCACAGAAGUAUAAGAAUGAGGUGAGCGUGCAGAGAAACCGGCAUUCUGACACUAGAAUAUCAGAGGUGAGCCGGAAUUUGAUACCUCAAUCCACUCACAAAUGUGGAGAGUUACUCGAUCUGCGUUGUCAGGUCUCCGUCGUUCCCGGCGGUACUCGACGGCGAUUCCUGGACCAUGUAUCGUCCACAAGCGUGGUGCUGAUAUUCUCCAUGAUCCUUGGUACAACAAGGACACGGGCUUCCCUUUGACAGAGAGAGACCGACUAGGACUUCGUGGUCUACUUCCACCUCGUGUUAUAUCUUUUCAGCAGCAAUAUUCACGUUUUAUGCAAUCAUUUCACUCACUCGAAAAGAAUACUCAAGGACAACCAGAGAGUGUUGUUUCAUUAGCAAAAUGGAGGAUCCUAAAUAGACUACAUGACAGGAAUGAGACGCUGUAUUACAGAGUUCUUAUCGACAACAUUAGAGAUUUUGCUCCGAUAGUAUAUACUCCAACUGUGGGAUUGGUAUGCCAAAAUUACUCAGGGUUGUUCAGGCGCCCACGUGGGAUGUAUUUUAGUGCCAAGGAUAAGGGAGAGAUGAUGUCUAUGAUCUAUAACUGGCCUUCUCAACAUGUAGACAUGAUUGUACUCACAGAUGGAAGUAGAAUUCUUGGCCUAGGUGAUCUUGGAGUUCAGGGAAUUGGCAUACCCAUUGGCAAACUUGAUAUGUAUGUUGCAGCUGCUGGUAUCAAUCCACAAAGAGUUCUUCCUGUUAUGCUUGAUGUUGGAACAAACAAUCAGAAACUUCUUGAAGACCAUCUUUAUUUGGGAUUGCGACAGCCUAGGUUAGAAGGAGAAGAAUACCUAUCAAUAGUUGAUGAAUUUAUGGAAGCUGUUCAUGCUCGUUGGCCAAAGGCUGUUGUGCAGUUUGAGGAUUUUCAAGCAAAAUGGGCUUUUGAGACUCUAUAUCGCUAUCGCAAAAGAUUUUGCAUGUUCAAUGAUGACAUACAGGGAACGGCUGGUGUUGCUCUAGCUGGACUUUUAGGAACUGUAAGAGCACAGGGACGGCCUUUGACUGAUUUUGCCAACCAAAAGAUAGUUGUGGUAGGAGCAGGAAGUGCUGGGCUUGGUGUUCUUAACAUGGCAAUGCAGGCCGUGUCAAGAAUGUCUGGACCAUCAGCGCAUCCUCACUUUUUUCUUUUGGAUAAAAAUGGACUUAUCACAAAAGGUCGGAAGGAUAUGGAUCCAGCAGCCUCGCCGUUUGCUAAAGAACAACAUGAAAUCGAGGGAUUAGGACUUUAUGAGGGUGCAGGUCUUCUUGAAGUGGUUAAAAAGGUCAAGCCUCAUGUGCUCCUUGGUUUAUCUGCAGUUGGUGGUCUCUUCAGUGAAGAGGUGCUUAAGGCCAUGCGAGAUUCAGAUUCAACUAAACCUGCUAUAUUUGCCAUGUCAAAUCCCACAAACAACGCUGAAUGUACUGCUGCUGAUGCUUUUAAGUAUGCUGGUCCAAAUAUUGUGUUUGGUAGUGGGAGCCCUUUUGACAAUGUUGACCUUGGGAAUGGGGAAACAGGAUAUGUAAAUCAAGCAAAUAAUAUGUACCUGUUCCCAGGGAUUGGUUUGGGAGCUCUCCUUUCUGGUGCCCGAAUAAUUUCUGACACAAUGUUGGAAGCUGCUGCUGAGCGCCUUGCUUCUUAUAUGUCAGACGAAGAAGUCGAGCGAGGACUUCUAUACCCAUCCAUCAACAACAUCCGACACAUAACAGCAGAGGUUGGGGCUGCUGUUCUUCAAGCGGCUGUUGCUGAAGAUCUGGCAGAAGGGCAUGGCGAGAUGGGGCCCAAAGAGCUACAGCACAUGUCUAAGGAGGAGUGCGUUGAGUACAUCAGGCGCAACAUGUGGACCCCAGUUUACAGUCCUCUUGUUCAUGAGACCUAAAGUUAUGCUGAUCCCGUGGCAAAAGUUUCUCACUUAAAAGGCGUAUCAGCUCAUUUUGAUUUCCCCUCUUUUUAAAGCUACUUUUAGUGGCUCCAUAUAUAGGCGACCUGAAGCUUGUAUUCUUUUUUAUUCUUUAACAUAAAUCACGAGAUUCACGGCUAUCUUAUGAUAUUCUUAUACCAAACCGGCAAACCGUUCAUACUUUGGUUUGAAUGGUUCGAAAUAGAAGGGAUUUUAAAACCAUUUCAUAAUUUAUAAACCAGAUAUUAGCUGUUAGCAUUUUUUUGGCGUAACACUACUUUUAAUUACAAUU